AUGACUGGAUUAGGUUUUGAUCACUCCUUUCGGGUUGAUGUCGUAGGACAAAGUGGAGGGAUCUGGUUAUUGUGGUGGACGGAUGUCGGUUUGGUGUCAAUUGUUGAGUCCUCCGAACAGUUUGUUCAUGCUAGGGUGGAUGAUGGAGUGAAUCUGAUGCAUAUAAUCGUCGUCUAUGCAGCUCCUACACUGACCAGACGAUGUGGGCUUUGGGAUAAGAGGAGUGAAGUGAUUCAGGGGAUCAGUGAACCUUUUAUGGUGGGUGGUGAUUUUAAUACUGUUUUACGGCUGGAUGAACGGUCAGGCGGUAAUGGACGUUUGUCUCCCGAUUCACUAGAGUUUGGUUCGUGGAUUAAUGCUAACUCCCUGAUCGACAUGGGGUUUAAGGGCAAUAAAUUUACAUGGCGGAGAGGGCGUGUGAUUCAUAAUUAUGUGGCUAAGUGCUUGGACAGGGUGUUGUGUUGUGCUCAGACACGUCUAAGAUGGCACAAAGCAAAUGUGACGUAUUUACCCUUCUUGGCAUCGGAUCAUGCCCCAAUUUAUGUGCAGCUGAGUCCAGAGGUUCAGUGUGAUCCGCGGCAGAGACCGUUUAGGUUUGAAGCUACGUGGUUGUCCCGUCGUGAGUUUAAAGAUAUGUUGGCAUCGUCCUGGGAUACGGCGAUUACAAUAUAA